CCGCAGCCCCGCGCCCGCGCCGCGCCCCCGGCGCCCCCUCCCCAGCGCGCCCCCGGCCGCCCCGGCGCUCGUCGGCCAUGGCCCGGGAGAACGGCGGGAGCAGCUCCUCCUGGAAGAAGCAGGCUGAAGACAUCAAGAAGAUCUUCGAGUUCAAGGAGACCCUCGGAACCGGGGCCUUUUCUGAAGUGGUUUUAGCCGAAGAGAAGGCGACCGGAAAACUCUUUGCGGUGAAGUGUAUCCCUAAGAAGGCGCUGAAGGGCAAGGAGAGCAGCAUAGAGAAUGAGAUAGCCGUUCUGAGAAAGAUUAAGCAUGAAAACAUCGUUGCCCUGGAAGACAUCUAUGAAAGCCCAAAUCACUUGUACUUGGUCAUGCAACUUGUAUCCGGGGGAGAGCUGUUCGAUCGGAUAGUGGAGAAGGGAUUUUACACCGAGAAAGAUGCCAGCACUCUGAUCCGCCAGGUCCUGGAUGCCGUGUACUAUCUCCACAGAAUGGGCAUCGUCCACAGAGACCUCAAGCCUGAAAAUCUGUUGUACUACAGUCAAGAUGAGGAGUCCAAAAUAAUGAUCAGUGACUUUGGAUUGUCAAAAAUGGAGGGCAAAGGAGAUGUGAUGUCCACAGCCUGUGGGACCCCAGGCUAUGUCGCUCCUGAAGUCCUCGCGCAGAAACCCUACAGCAAAGCGGUCGACUGCUGGUCCAUCGGGGUGAUCGCCUAUAUCCUGCUCUGUGGCUACCCUCCUUUUUAUGAUGAGAAUGACUCCAAGCUCUUCGAACAGAUCCUCAAGGCAGAGUACGAGUUUGACUCCCCCUACUGGGAUGACAUCUCUGACUCUGCAAAAGACUUCAUUCGAAACCUGAUGGAAAAAGACCCGAAUAAAAGAUACACCUGUGAGCAGGCGGCGCGGCACCCAUGGAUCGCUGGUGACACCGCCCUCAACAAAAACAUCCACGAGUCCGUCAGCGCCCAGAUCCGGAAGAAUUUCGCCAAAAGCAAAUGGAGACAAGCGUUUAAUGCCACAGCUGUCGUGAGACAUAUGAGAAAACUACAUCUUGGCAGCAGCCUGGACAGUUCAAAUGCAAGUGUCUCCAGCAACCUCAGCCGGGCCAGCCAAAAAGAUUGCCUGGCACCUUCCACGCUCUGUAGCUUCAUUUCCUCUUCGUCAGGGGUCUCAGGAGUCGGAGCCGAGCGGAGACCCAGGCCCACCACUGUGACGACAGUGCACACGGGAAGCAAGUGACUGGCUCUGGAGGUGGGGCCCAGGGGCGGGGCCAGGGAAGGGGAGCCCCUCCAGCGAGCCCCGUCUUGCAUGGUGCACCUCCUUGCAUAGGACUGGAAGACAGAAGUUUUUUUUAUGGCCAUAUUUUCUACUGCAAUUCUGAAGUGUUCGUUUCUCACAAACUGUACUGACUCGAGGGGGCCGACCCAGCAGGGUCUGGUGCUGUGCGUACGCAUCUGGCGAAGCUCUGUCCGAACGGACCUCUGAUCCCUCUGCCCCGGCGCCGCCGUCUCCACUCUUCUCGGCUUAGGUAACCGUCUGUGGUGUAUUUUUUCAUUAAUGACAAAAAAAAAUGGUUUCAACUGGAUUAUUUAAAUAUUGGUAAAUAUUGUGCAUUAGGGGUUUUUUUUUUUUUCUUUUAAGUAGUAUGUCCUUUUGACUGUAUCUCUCGGUUACAUGAUCUAUAUCUUUUGCUCUUUCAUAGUGGUUUUAUGUUAACCUAUAAGAGAUUUUUUUUUUCCUC